AUGUUCGGAAUCGGAGUGAUACUGUGGAGCGUUGUCGUCGUCGUCGUUGCCGGAAGACGAUUCCCGUUGGCGACGGUGGUGACGUUCCUGGCCGUGGUGGCCGCGUCAGCUGAUCAGGCCUUGGCGUUUCACAAAUCGAUUGAAGAGCUUAGUGUGCACACGCUUCCCGAUUCGGGUUCGUUAGAUGAUUGUUCUUUGAGACUGCAGAAGCUUUCGGAUCGGGAAGCUUCGACCCCUUCUGUUGAAUAUCCAGCGUAUUCUAGAGAAUUCGCUCACUUGGCGGCGAUUGGAUGGAAGCAAACCAGCGGUGAUGUUGAGUGGAGAUGUUCCGGAACAUUGAUCGCGGAGGAUUUCGUACUGACCGCCGCUCAUUGCACCCAAGAUGAAGAGAAAGAACCGACGACGAUUCGCGUCGGUGACCUAGAUUUGUACAGCCCCAAAGACGAUCGCUUUGCGCAACAGCUGGACAUUAAGGAAAUCAUCCGUCAUCCCGAGUUCAAUUUCAACAGCGCCUAUCACGAUGUGGCGCUGAUCAAACUUGCAAAACCGGUGACCGUGACCGAUUUUGUAACGCCGGCUUGUUUGUACACCAAUGAUUCGUCUUCGUUUACGAAGCUAUAUGCCAGCGGCUGGGACUUCUAUACUGACGUCUCUCCACCGAUCCACAACACACCGCUAAAUCCAAUCGAUCAUGAUCGCUGCAAGUUUUGGUAUCGCACCAACAGGGAAGCCUUCCGUAAAGGAAUCAACCGGAUGUUGAUGUGUGCUGGGGAUGAAGUUCUGACGGAGUGUCCCGGAGAUACAGGAGGACCACUGCAGGUUCGUUUGUUAUCCAGUUCUAAGUACACCCCAUUUGUGAUAGGAAUCUCCGUGCUGGGCAUUCCAUGUGGACAAAACACUCCGGGAGUGUAUGCAAAGCUGGCUCAUUACAUUAAUUGGAUCGAACUUGUAACCAAGAGGAAUUACUUCCCACAAGAGUGUGUCACAAGACACAUCUCCCACCGUGAAUGGGACGAGUCCAUAGUUCCUGCUGCAGUUAAGAGCUCUUACAAUCACCCACACCUGACUGGUAAAAAGGAAUCGAUAUCGGCUAUCCCGACUAACGCUCAGCUGCAGAUCUUCAAAGAAUUCAAGUGUGCCGUCGGGAAGGAAGGCGAAAAUGUUGAUUGGAUCUGUGGCUGUACGUUAGUGGCACAGGAUUUCGCACUGACGUCAGCUCGGUGCGUGAAGGACAUUGACGUCGACGUCGUCAACUACAAGAACGACUGGAAGCGCAUUGACGAGAUAAUCUUCCAUCCGGAGUACGACAAAAAAACGCUCUACAACGAUCUGGCCCUGGUUCGGCUGCAAACCGAUAACAGGAAUCGGUAUGACUGGAAAUCUGUUUCUUGCAUCGCCGGCAUCGAAGAUCAAAGCCAGUUCCUUUCGUUCGGAAUCGGACCGUACAACCUGAACGAUGACGGCACGGUGGAUAACAACACCGAUGGGACCGAGCGCUACCUGACGGCCACUUUGCAACUGAUGGAAAGGGCCAAUUGCACGGAAUACUACAAGAAAUAUGGCAUCCUGAAGGAUGGCAUUAACGAGACACAGUUUUGCACCUGGUCCAAGGAUAUUCUCGUUCCGGGAGCGUGCGAACCGUGGAACGGCAACGAAGUACUGAGCGAAAUGAGACCCGCGAGUGACACCAAUCCAUUCCCGGAGGAUCUGAUUGGUGUUGGCUCGUAUGCACCGGCCUGUGGAUUUGGCCGUCCGAUGGUGGCAUCCCGGGCUAUUGCCUUCCGCGAAUGGAUGAAUUCGGUUAUCUACAGAACGAUUAACGUCAACGCCAUCAGGCAAGUGGUGAUGGAAAAGGAACUGGCACUGGACUAUGUCUGCGAGGCUUCGGACCGUGAGGCCGGCGUUUGUGUGAAUAUUGACCACUGCAACCAUCGGGCGCUGGCUGAUGAAAUCAAAUUCUGCACCAACGAAACGGCAUCGAUAGUUUGCUGCCCGGUUAAUUCGAUCAUCGCGACGGCACACCUGCCGCUGCUGACCGAAUGUGAAACCAAUUACCAGCGCUUCAGGAAGAAGUACGUGGAUUUCGCUUCGCCCGAAGGACACCGCAUCGAGGAGGGCGAACAUCCACACUCGGUGAUGAUCGGGUGGAAAGUCAACAAGACCGCCACCAAUUGGAACUGCAUGGGAACGUUAAUUAACAAAAACACCGUCCUAACGACGGCCAGCUGCACCAACAUGGUCAAGAGACGCAGCCCGGAUGUAAUUAGCAUCGGCGAAACCGAUGUCAGCAAAAUCUACGAUGGUGAUGCGCAAAUUAUCCGAGUGACGGAUACCGUUCCCUAUCCCGGUUACAAUCCCAAAACGCAUGAUUUCGACAUUGCAGUCCUGAAGCUGGAGUCGGAUGUUGUUGUCAACGAGAAUGCAAUUCCGGCCUGUUUGUGGCGUGAUUUAAAUCGAACGCCUUACUACGCACAGGAGGUGCAGUUCAAUAAACAGUUUUUCACCGCACGUGACAAGAACCUGGUGCAGAAUCGGGACUGUAAACAGUUCACCUCCCACACCGAGCUGAAUAAUGACCAGAUGUGCUGGCAGGAGCUGAAGCUGAACCAAGAUGGCACCGAGGCGGCCAACUGCGGACACGGGGGCCAUCCGUUUAUCUCGUUCCAGCGGACCAACAACAUCUACCUGCCCUAUCUGGUGGGGCUGUAUAGCUUCGAUGACAAGCAGCAGUGCGCUUCCGGCGAGGCAGUGGUGGCCACCCGGAUCUCGUCCUACAUCAACUGGAUCAGCUUGUAUUUACAGAAGUUGUAGAGUGUGACUGGCCAUGACCGUGCGUUGGUGGCGAAGGAGGUAAUUUGUUGUAGCCGUUCUUUCCCGUGCAGUAACAGCAGUGUACCUUUUUGCUACGAUUAGCUUUCGCCAGGAUGAUGCCGAUGAUGUUGCUGUGAUGAAUGUGAGGAUGGUUAGAAAUAAAGCGCAUUUUGCAUCGACUAUUUAUCUGUA